AUCAUAUUUUGCAGAAAUUCAGAGAAUCGAAACUGAACAGCAGCGGAUUAAGCAGAGUCUCGGUUGCUCAGUUCACUGGUGCUGCUGUCUGUAGAAACAUCAUUGCGAGAACAGAGUCAGUCCAAUGGAAUCUAAUGAAAAACAUCUGCUGUCUAUGAUGUCCAGGCAGGUACAGGAACUGCAGGAGUCUUGUAAAGGCUUAAGAAUAACAGGUCCCCAAGCCCAACAAAAGCAGCAACCUGAAAGCCAAAUGAGAAGAGGUAAUGUUUCGAGCAGUGGGCAGGCAAACCAGCGCCAAUUGAAAGACCAAGGGCAUGGGAAUAACCAGGGUCCUUUGGUAUUUAAGACGGUUGAAAGUCACUUCAGUCCUGCAAGCAGAUCUAAUGAUCAUUAUGCAGCCAGGCUUGGACGUCAAGUUUUCAGGAGUGCUGGGAACCCAAGAAGUUGCCCCCAUCCAAAAAGUGCUCAAAAAGAAACAUGGGAAGCAAGUGCUCGAGCAAAAUCAACAGCACAAAGAGGUGGACAGCAACGAAGGCAGCCCCAACAAGCACAAAAAAGGUCUGAGAGUGUGUCUGUGAAGGACAGAAAUGGGCAGCGGGUUCAAUCUGAACCUCACAGAAGAAAUCCCAAGUUCUACGGAAGUCAACCUAACCUGCUGGACUGUGCCGGAGAAAGCAAUGCAGUGAAUGAGAUGCAAGGUCGGCAAAGACCACGAGGGAGACAGCAUUUCUCACAACGAAAGGAGAGGGAUAACAUUCAAAAUAGCCAUGAAGGCACUUCACAGCAACGAUACAAAGGACCUUGGAUUCCAAAGAAACAUGGAAUCCCUCAACAGCAUCAAAAUUUUGAAUCUUCUGCAGAGGAUUCCAGUAAACCUAAUCAUCGUAAGCAGGGGACCCUGGAUAGCCAAGAGCUAAAGCAGCUGGCUGCAAUGGAUCCAGCAGACGUUGUAAUGAAAUUGACCUCCCCCAGAAGUGGACUUAAAGAAUUUUUAAACCAGGCAAAUGCUGAGAAAAACUUAAUUGUAUCCUUUCUGAAAAUCCUUAGCAUGACAUUCAAUUGCAAAUCCAACCGGCAGAGUUUGCAUUAUCUGCUGGCGCUGAUCAAGAACUCCAUGUUUCUUAAAAAUAUCCUUCCUACAUUCAUCCUCAGUGCUCAGACGGAAGUGCUGCAAGAGGCACAUUUGGAAUCUUCUAGAUAUCUUGAUUAUACACUGAAGUUACUCUGUCAGCUGAUUACUGUCUAUCCUGCGAGUGCUUUUUUGGAUGUGUCUCUUCUAGCUACACUGGUGCAAUCGACGUCAAACUACCUGCAAUCUAUUGGCUUCCCCAUCUCAGAAGAAACUGAGAAGAGUUUGCAGAACCUGCACCAGAUGAUUGCCUAUUUGCAGGAGGAAAAGCGACAUGGGAAAUUGCAGUCUGAUACCUACACCUAUUUCAUGGUGCCUGAGAGGAAUGAUUUUAGACAUAUUUCAAUAUAUCCAACCUAUGAAGACCUCCAUUUAAUCGACAAACCUUAUGUAAGACCAAAUAUAAUCAAUGAAGAAUAUCCAGAUACUGCCACAUACCUAGACAUACAAUUUCGCCUGCUCCGUGAAGACUUUGUCCGGCCAUUAAGGGAGGGAAUUACUAAGUUGUUGAGCUGUAACAAGGAGGAUUUGCAGAAACAAAAAAUAGAUGACAUCAGAAUUUAUUUUAAUGCUCGUGUCUUGGGUCCACUAUGCACACAUAGUGGUGUCUUCUACCGGGUUCAGUUUGACAAAAACAAGUUGAAGUAUGUUCAAUGGGAGAGCUCCAAGCGACUGCUAUAUGGGUCUUUUCUUUGCUUGUCCAAAGAUAACUUUAAAACAAUGUUGUUUGCAACAGUGGCACACAGAAAUAUUAAAGAACUGACAGAAGGUAUCAUCACGCUCGGCUUCAUUGAAAGCAGUCGGCUGGAUUUAGUGGACGUAAAGUCAACGGAUUCUUUUCUAAUGGUUGAAACAACUGCAUACUUUGAAGCUUAUCGCCAUGUUCUAGAAGGUUUUAAAGAGAUCACAGAUAAUAAAAUACCCUUUCAGAAGUACAUAGUUCACUGCCAGACUAAUGUGGCAGAACCAAGAUAUCUAAGACCUGGUUAUCAAAACUAUACUCUGGAGCCUUUGUUGAAAGACCAAGGGAGUCAACCCCAAAGGAAGUCCAGCAAGGGCAAACUCAUUAACAACUUGUUUCAAUCUAACAACAACUUGUCCCAGGGUGGUAAUUUCAAUGUGCUUGACUUUAAAAUGUGGCCUUCGAAGGAGAGAUUAAAAUUUGAUGAAUCCCAAAUGCUGGCCCUGCAAACAGCUAUAACCAAAGAGCUUGCUAUCAUCCAAGGCCCACCAGGAACAGGAAAGACAUUUUUGGGACUGAAGGUUGUUGAAGUUCUCCUGGCCAAUAUGGAUAUUUGGCAGUCUCCCUCUGGUUCUCCUAUCCUGGUGGUCUGUUACACAAAUCAUGCAUUGGAUCAGUUUUUGGAAGGAAUUUACAGCUUUUUGAAAACUGGGCUCAUCAGAGUUGGAGGAAGGAGCAGCAGUGAAAUUUUAGCCAAGUUUUCUAUGACAGAGCUAAGAAAGCAGAAGGCCUUUAGGAAAAAUCUGCCAUCCUAUCUGAGUAGCAUGUAUUGUGAGCUGAUUAAAGAAAGACAAGAGAUGCAGAAGAAAAUUGAAAUGUUAGCCGUGGCUUUGGAAGCAAGUGGGAAGGGAGUUCUUCAGUUACAUACCUUAUCGGAACACAUUCAAGUGAAUCACUUGAAGAGUCUACAGAUGGGCUCUGAAUAUAAUCCCUCGGAACAUUAUGAUGUACUGGAAUGGUUAAAAUUGACAUCAGCACCUGAAUAUUAUUUCGGAUUUAACGGGACACUAGAACAAACCACAGAAGAGGAUGUGGAGACGAUUGCCUCAAGUGCUACAGAAGGAGACAUAGGAAAUCUCAACGACCUCAUUGAAGAGGGGGAUAAUGAUGAUGAGUUGAUUCAGGUGACACAGGAGGCUGAACUAAUGCAAGCAGAGAGAAUGAUUGAUGAUGACGACCUUCAGAAACAACUUCAGAAAGCACGUGCACGGCUAGCUAAAAUGGAGGAACAAUUUCUGGCAUUUAAUCCCAAAGAGACUGCACCACCUCUUAAAUCUCAGGCUGAGAGCCAAGAUGGUGGUGAGUGGAAGUUCACCAAAGAAGAAAAGAAAAGAAUGCAAAAAAUUAUGAAGGCGCAGUUGCAGAACACUGACAUCAUGACAGAAUUUGAAGCCAGAAGGAUAGUCAAUGUCUGGGAUCUUGACCUGCUUGAUCGCUGGCGACUGUACAGGUUGUGGUUGUCGCAGUACCAAGCUGAAACCAAACGUGAAAUAUUGAGGUAUGAACUGGACUACCGGAGAAUCGUUGACCGUCUAGCAGACCUGAGAAAUCAAGAAGAACUAAUCCUCCUCAGGCAGUCAAAAGUGGUUGGCAUGACCACAACAGGUGCUGCAAAAUACAGAAAUCUGGUGCAAGAUAUUCAACCAAGGAUUGUUAUUGUAGAAGAAGCAGCUGAAGUCCUGGAAGCUCACAUCAUCACCACUCUUAGUUCUGCCUGCAAGCACCUCAUUUUAAUUGGUGAUCAUCAGCAGCUUCGCCCAAGUGCAACAGUGUAUGAACUAGCGAGAAGUUUCAAUUUGGAAGUUUCCUUGUUUGAGCGGCUCAUAAUGAUGGAAGUGCCCUUUGUUCGACUCAAUUACCAACAUCGAAUGCGCCCUGAAAUUGCAAAACUGAUAACACCGCACAUCUAUGAGGAGUUGGAAAACACAGCGUCUGUGAAGCUGUAUGAAAACAUCAAGGGAAUUUCCACAAACCUCUACUUUAUCGAACAUCAAGAGCCAGAGGAUCAGAUCAAGGAAGGAAAAAGCUAUCAAAAUUCACAUGAAGCACACUUUGUCAAGUCCCUUUGCGAGUACUUCAUCAAGCAGGAAUACAAGCCUCAGCAGAUAACCAUCCUAACCACCUACUCGGGGCAGCUCUUCUGCUUGAGGAAGAUAAUGCCCAAAAGUAAAUUCGAUGGCGUCCAGGUCUGCGUGGUGGACAAGUACCAAGGGGAAGAAAACGACAUUGUGAUCCUGUCUCUUGUUCGCAGCAACAAGCAGGGCAUGGUUGGGUUCCUGCGGAUACCAAACCGUGUCUGCGUGGCUCUGUCUCGGGCAAAGAAAGGCUUCUACUGCAUAGGCAACAUGAGCCUGCUGGCAAAGCAGGUCCCUCUGUGGGCAGCCAUUGUCGGGACGCUGCGCGAAAACGGCAAGAUAGGCACCUCCCUGCGACUGUGCUGCCAGAACCACCCGGGAAAUGACACACUGGUGUCAACGGCCGAGGAUUUUGCGAGAGUCCCCCAGGGCGGGUGCUUGGUGCCUUGCAAUUUCCGUUCCCAGUGCGGCCACUUGUGCACUUUGCCCUGCCACCCUUUCGACCCCGAGCACAAAUGGUACCAGUGCCCCUUGCCGUGCCAGAAGUCCUGCCCGGAGGGGCACCCUUGCCCCAAGCCUUGCUGGCAGGCCUGCGGCGAGUGCAAGGUGAGGGUGGGCAAAGUCAUCCCCGCAUGUGGCCACCAGCAGCAGGUUGCCUGCUCCCUGCCCCCGGAGCGGUUCUGCUGCCAGGAGCCCUGCAGCAAAGGCCUGAGUUGCGGCCACAGAUGCCUGCGUCCCUGUGGGGAGCCCUGCACCUGGAAAUGCCCGAGCAGGAUCCAGCUCACGCAGAUGUGCGGCCACAAGAGGACUGUGCAGUGUUACCAGCGCCAGGAGGCGGAGGCGGAGACCGAGCCCUGUCAGGCGACCUGCGGGGCGCUGCUGUCCUGCGGCCACUCUUGCACUGGUAUCUGCUCCAAGUGCAGCAGCAGGAAGCUGCACGCCCCAUGCAAGGCUCCAUGCCCGCGCACACUGCCCUGCUCACACCCGUGCACUGGCAGCUGCUGCGGCCCCGCUUGCCCGCCCUGCUCCCAGCCAUGCGGGAACCGCUGCCCGCACGGCAAGUGCCCCAGGAGCUGUGGCGAGCCCUGCCAACCGUGCCGCGAGCCCUGCGCCUGGUCCUGCCCGCACUCCCAGUGCACCCGGCUGUGCCACGAGCCCUGCAACCGGCUGCCCUGCGACCAACCCUGCGGCCGGACACUCAACUGUGGCCACCCGUGCAUCGGCCUGUGCAGCGAACCCUGCCCCGACAAGUGCUGGACUUGUGAUGAGGAAGAAGUCACCGAGAUAUUCUUUGGCGGAGAAGACCAGCCUGAUACCAGAUUCCUGCAGCUGCAGGACUGCCGGCACAUCUUUGCAGUGAAGGAGUUUGACAAGUGGAUGCAACAGUCCGAAGGCAACGGUUCUCCAGAGCCGAAGUUCCACCUUUGCCCCAAAUGCUCCACCCCGAUCCAAAACAACCUCCGCUACGGGACCAUCAUUAAGAAUGCUCUGGCUGAGAUUGAGAGUGCCAAAGUCAAGAUCCUGGGAGACGAGGAAGAGCUCAGAAGCCGCAAGGCAUGCCUCGAGCAGUUUCUGGAAGAAAAGAAAGAAUUAACCGAAUAUUAUCUCCUAGAAACCCUUGAUCUGCACUUGCAGCUGCAAGAAUCCAAUACAAGUCUGCACAAGUUGACAACUCUCGGACACAAAAUUAGCCUCCUAUCCAAAAUUGCCGAUUUGAAAUCCAGCGGAAAGAAACUGCAGGAUUACCAGAGAAUUAUGAUUCAACAAGAAACUGAGCAGCUAGUAGAGUGGAUUACAGGAAACAGAGCUCAGUUCACCAGCCAAGAGCUCUUAGACAUCAAUAGUGAGAUCUCCAGGCUGACAUAUCUGAAUGAAUUGUACUUAAUUCGAACUACAAUGCUAAGGCAAAGGAAAACAAUAGAAUCAAUAACAAUCUUUGAGCUCCAGCAAAAGCUUGAAGGGAAGGAAAAGUACAAUGAAACAUGGGUAAAAGAAAACAUUGAUAGAUUGAAGAAAGAAUGUGAUAUAACAACAGGAACCUUUUCAUUGUGCUGAUAUUUCAGCUUGAGCCCAACUCAGUCACUUGGACCAAUUAAAGUGUGUGAAGCAUAUUGGAGAUUGCUGGUUCAAGAAGUGCUCAAGUUGCAAUUGUGGGAUUUAUGAGGAGAAGGAAAUUUGCAGCUCCAUAAACGCAAGCAAGUAUCUGUAAAAAUGACUAUAUUGCUGUAAAAUUGUCCAAGACCUAGACUAAAUCCAAUGACACUUCUCCCUAGUAAAGCUGAAAUGUUUGUUCUAUGAACCUCAGUGGGGCCAAGAAUCUGGUGUUGGCAGAUGUAGUUGCUGGGUCUGGUUGGGGUAUUCAAUCAUCCGUACUCACCUUUUGCUAUUGAGAAGAAGGCAUUAGCUAACAUGUCAGAGGGGAGAAUAGAAGGAUUGGUUAGAUUGUGAGUGCUAGCAGACCGAAGACAAGGGGUGGAAAACUUUAAAAUUGCCCCAGAGAAUGAGAUUGCACACAGGAGUUGUAAGUGGAGGUAGCAAUGAUCUUUUGAGACUGCACACCCUCUGGUCUGGAUCACCAAAUGUUUGUAUUUGUCUGCUGUUUUGCAAAAUAGCUAAGGGCCAGUGAAUUAUGUCUGCUGGUAGCCAUUUGUGAUUGUGCUAGUCCAAGCUUGCAAGGAUUAAAGUCCCAAUUAUAGCCUAUUAUUUAAUGUAAAAUUGUAACAGAAUUAGAACACUCUGCAGACAAGAGAUUUUAAAAAACUGGUCUUUGACUGUUAAACUGAUGUAUUGGCUUCCUGUUCUCUUUCCUUUCUGGUACUCAAUCCCAUUAUCUUCAAGAAAGUGAUUGGGGGACAAAAAACUUCCCUUAAUUUACGGCAACGUAAUUUGAGAUUGAGAUUUCUAUGUGCAAAUGUAACAAGCCUUUGUACAAUAUUUCUUAGUAAUGUUCCAAUUCUGUAUUUUCCCAUUGUUUUUUUUUGUUUGCAGGGCCCAUGUCCUUUGCCUUAGUUUGAAGUAAAAUAAUAAAUGUUAUAUAAUUCAGGUUAGGCUUGUACUGUAAUAAUUAAAGCAUUAAUAUAAAACUUGA